AUGAGUGUGCUAGAAAUUCGUCAUGAAUUUUUCGAUACUGAAGCACGAAAUAAUGAACAAUUAUAUCAAGCCUUUUGUAAUCAUGUUUAUUUCGGUCAAUGGGAGUUAUGUCGGAUAUGUCUACAAAUUUUAUUUAAUAAACGUUUACAACUUAAUACAAAUUUAGAAGAAUUAUUGAUUGAUAUUAUUCGAAAUCCAACCGCUUAUUGUACGGGAUCGAAAUCGGUACCGACACCAUUUCAUUUUGCUUUGCUUUUGGUCGAAGAAUGUCGAAUCAAACAGUAUUUAGACGCGACAUUAAUUGAGUCACUUAAAUAUGAUGCAAUGUAUAAAUUUCUUUUGGCUGUUGGUGAUAUUCAACCAACUGCACAAGUUGUUCAGGAAUUUGAUCGAAUUCAUACUGAUACUGAUUCCAUCCCGUCAAAUCUUCUAACUGAUUCUAUGGCUGAUUUUCUUGUCGAUCUAUGGUUAAAUGAAACUUCACGUGUUCAUGCUCUUAUUCGUUAUUAUUUUUAUUCUUCACUGCCAUCUAUGCAUGUAUGGUUAAUUCAAAUUCAUAAACGUGCUCUUGACUUAUGUUUACAACAAUUAAAAAGUUUAAAUAAUGAACAAGAAAAACGAAAUCUUGUUGAUUUACUUCUUUCAUUACAUUUUUAUUCGUGUGAUACAAAUGAUUUUCGUCAAAUAAUGUGUGAUACAUUGAAAAAGAUUGUUAUCUAUGCAGCUGAAGCAAAUAAUAACGAUGCACAAUUGUUUAAUUUAAAAUGUUUAUAUCGUGCUGUAUUAAUCAAUGGCGAUUUAGCACGUUUUAUAAGUGAAUUAGAAAGUGAAUAUCGUCGUGAAUUAUUAGGAAAUGAUACAGCCAUAAUACAUUUUUUAAAAAAGAAUUCUUUUGAACAAGAAAGCUUUUUUUGGAAAGAAAUCUAUUUGUAUUUAAUAGAAAAUAAAUUAGAUUUAAUAUCAUGUAUAUUAAAUGAUUCAGUAUUAAUGGUCAAAAAUCGUGACUAUUCAUCAUUUGAUCAAUUAUUAAAUAUUGAACAAUUGACACCAUUACAUCUAUAUAUAUUUCUUCUUACAUGGACACACGUACGAACAAUAAAUGAUGCUAUUGUAUUACAUGAUGCGAUUAAUCGAUUGAAAACUGAAAAUUGUUUUUUAAGUAAAUGCUUAAAAUUAUUUCAAUCUCAUACUGAGUUUAUAACAUGGCUAUAUAAUGUUCGACGGAAUUAUGAUGGUGCAUCAGCUUCACUGAAAAUGUCGGAUUUACUAGCCCUGUUACAUACAAGUUCACCUCUGUCGCUCAUGCAUCGAUAUUUGGAUAUAGAUACAAUUGAUUCAGCAGACAUUUUGAAAAAAUUAGAAGAAACAUCGGUAGAUAUCGAUGAUGACAAUGAACGACGAACACAAAAGAAACUACCAGUUCGUUUUGAAGAUGAUCCAAAACGUGAUAUUCCAUUACCUCGAGAAGCUGCUUGUAUGAUAUUUCUUGGUUAUCUUUCAAUCAAUAGUGUUGUUGAAUGUAUUCUAUCGCCUGUUGAUAGUAGCAAUAAUAAUAAUAAUCAACCAGAUAAUGAUUUAUUUGCUACUGCACGUACUCAUUUAACCAAAAUCUUUCCGUUACGUUUUCGUCUUGAAUUACUAGAAAAUAUUUUUUCACUUAUUUUUCUUCAACAAAGAGAAUUAAAAGUUGGUGAUACAGUUGAAGUGAUUGAGCGAUCCGUAAAUGCAGCAUCAUCAUCUCUAUCACCAUCAGAGAAUUUAUUUUCAUCGAUACGAAGUAAUCUAACCAAUGAUAGUUUUCAUGCAUCAAGCAAUGUUAGUAUUAGAACUCAACUAUCAGCUAGAAGAUUUCGUAAUAAUUUUGAUGAAAACACAGAUGAUAAUGUAUCUGUAUGCAGUAGCUCAAUGAGUUCAGUUGGUGCAUCGCAUCUUCAUUCAUUAAAUCGUACUGGCUUAUUAAUUGAUCAGCAAGUGCUUCAUAAAUUAUUGUCCUUUCUUCGAGAUCAACUGUCCGACGUUCGUACACUUCAUCAAAAAAUAAAAGAUAAAGCAGAAGAUCGUUAUACAGUGACUUUUGAAACAUUAUUAGACAAAUAUUUUCAAGGAUGUUCAAUUAGUACAAGUGAACAAUUUACUAGUCGAGCUGGAAAAUUAAAUAAAACUCUUAGUGAAACAUCAUGGAGAUAUCAACUAUUAACCAGUGAUACAAGUGGAACAUCAUCGCAGGAAAAUAAAAUUGAUGGACAAGACAAUGAUGAUAGUUUAGUAAGCAAUUCUAGUGUAAAAAAUUUAAUCCUUCCCGUUCCCCGCCGAAAGAGACGACGAUCACGUCAUUCCGACAGCAGCGUAUCUAGUGUUACAUCAUCAGUAUCAACGCAUACUCCAAAUAACAAAAAAUCAGCACUAGUAUCACAAAUUCUUUCUAGUCGUGAUAAUUUAUUAGCUAUCUGUUUAAAAGAAGGAAAAAUUACUGAAGCCAAUGAAGUUAUUCGAUUAUUCAGUAUGGAACAUCAUCCACUUGCUGUUGAAGCAAAAUUUAGUAAAUUAUUUCGUGAUACAAUUAAUAAAUUAUCUAAUUCCUAUUCAUCAUCUGGUUCUACAAUUGAUAAUUCAUGUUCAAAAUCGGUUUUAGCUGGUUUGGCUACCUUAGCAUCAUCAGCUCUUGAUAACACAUCAGUACAAAAUGAUAUAGGUCCAUUGUUAGAAGCUGCUCAAUCGUCAGAUGUUUCAUCAACGUUACCAACGUCAAACUAUUUUGAUCAUGAACAUUUCGUAUCUUUAACAUUAUUUGAUUUAGCAAUAAAUGCACCAACAAUUACAAUAAGUAAAACAUUACUUGACUUAGCUCAACUUCGUUUACCUAUUCCACGUUCAGUAUUUUCAUCAAAUAAUACAACAAAUAAUAAAAAUUCAACAACAAGAAUAAAAACUUUGAAUGAAAUGAUAAAUAAUUAUAUUAAUUUAGCUAAUUCAUCCAAUAGUUCAUUUUAUGAUUUAUUACUUGAUGUUACAAUACCAUUGGAUGGGCCAAAAGCAACAAAAACUAUUCAAUAUUAUAAGAGACUGGAUGAACAUUGUCGACAAUACUAUUCGAACGAACAAAAUCGAAUAUCAAUAGAAAAGCAAGUUCAAAUGACUGGAGAAUUCUUUGAAAAUGAUCCGCAUACAAAAUUAGAUUUAAUUACAUAUAUCAGAAAUGCUUCCAAUCAAACAAAAGUACCAUCGACUAUUUAUAUAAAUUAUUUUUCAAUAUUUCAUACGUAUCUACAAAAUUUUCGUAUUCUCCUUGAAAAAUUUCCAUUACAAGAUGUAACAAACGAUUUUGAUCUUUUGCAACAUUCACCAUUAUCACUUAUUCAUCGUAUCGUCGCACGAUCAAGUGAUAUUGAUUUAGCUCAAUUACAAUUUAUGACAACAAAAUUAAAUAUUGACAUAUCACUUGCUGUUACUCUCAAUAUAAUCCGUCCAUUGUUUGUUGACAAAACAAUGCCAACAUCAUCAUUAGCUGCAAACAGACGUACUACAUUGUUACAACAACAGCCAUUAGAUAUUUUUUCAUAUUGUCAACAAUAUCAGACACAACAACCAUCACCAUCAAUGUCAAAUAGUAAUAAUAAGAGACAAUUGCGACGGUCAACAACAUUUCUUAAACGUCUAGCUAGUAAAUUAGAUGAUUUUCAAAAUGAACCGAAUUCUUUUAAUGAACAUCCAGAAAAAUUUGUUAGAACAUUAUUGGCUAGAUUAUUAGAUUCUAUUAAAAAAGUCAUUCAUACAACUGGUCAUAAUCAUAUGACAAUUGAAGACAUCGAAAAAUUACUUACAUAUGAUCAUUAUGAUGAUAUUGUCAAGGCUUUACCACUGUUAACAUAUGUUGAUCUUGAUCGUUUAAAGACUAAUGAAGAACGUAUUUGUUUUUUUACAAAUUUAUAUAAUUUUCUAUUAAUUAUAUCUCAUGUUGAACUUAUACGAACAAAACUUACACAAAUGACAACAACAAUUAUAUUUCGUAAUGAACUCGAACGACUUUUAUUUAUUUUAACAACACACAUUGAUAUUGGUCAACUUAAACAAAUAUCAUUAUAUGAUAUUCGAUAUUUCAUAUUAAAACAAAAUGGACUCGUUGAUGGUCUUAAAUUAGAUUUAGAUCCAAAAGGGCCAUUUUAUCGAUAUGCACCAGUAAUGAAUAAUUAUCAAAAUGUCAAAGUAGGUUUAUUAUUAAAUGAUUGUACUUAUUCAUCAUCACCAUUUAUUAUUUUAACACCUGAAUUGCUUAAUGAACAACUACAAUGUUCGACAAAAGAUUUCAUUGAGAAAUGUAUCGUAAUUAAAAAAAUAGAGAUAGACAAUUCAAUACAGAUUCGUUUGCCAAGCGUUCUUUACAAUCAAUUUGAUCCAAGCACAGACGAAAUUAUUAAAUUUAUUCGAGAAUAUUUAUUAAAUAGCGAUCUCACAUCUGCAAUUAAUGAAAAUCUCACUAUAAGAACUGAAGUGAUUCCUUCUCUAAACGAUUUUGCAAUAAGUUUCGAUUAUCGUUUAUGUUCAUCUCAAUUCGAACCUUACCAAGGUCGACGUCAUCGUCGUACAAGCUCGUUCCCAUCAUUGUCUACAAUUGCAACACUAUCGUCACCUAUUGAUUUUCUUCCUCAGUCAGCAAAUUUGCCUAGUCAUCUCAUUGAUUCUCGUACGAUAUCAUUUGUUCAAGAAAAAUCUCCUGCAUUAGGCCAAAUUCUUCAAAUUUAUGUUCAAUGUAUUGUUCACAAUAAACCGAUUCAAAGUGAUAAUACUCCAUUAAAAAAUUAUUUUACAAGUCUAUUAUUACCGCCAACGUUAAUCCAAUCAACAUCAUCGAUCGGUGAUGAAUGGUUUCGUUCGAUUGUCUUAAAUGAUUUAACAUAUCAAUAUGAUCUUCUUCUUUAUCUAUGUUCAUUAUUAUGGAAUGAUGCUAAAUAUACUGAAAUUGUUGAACUAUUCGAUUCAUUAUUACCGUCAUUUAUUGUUCAUUCACCAUAUUUUCAAAUCUUACGCGAUCUUGCUCUAUUAUCUUUAGUUAAACAAACAUCUGAGCCUGAUCGUGCAUUUAAUUAUGUACGGAAAAUUCAUGAUUGUCAUUUAUUAAUUCAUGGAACAUUAACAUAUUUACCACGUUUUGAUGGUCCGACAUGUUUACAAUUACUUCAGCUGUGUUUAACAUCAUGUAAAAAAACUCACCAAGAUUAUAUACCAUGGAUACAAGAGCGUUUAAGUAUAAUGUAUGUUUAUAAAACGUUAUGUCUUAGUGCGUUAGCACAAUUUAAUAAAUGUAUGGAAAAAAUAUCUAAAGACGAUGGCCAAUUAAAUAUGUCAAUUGAAGAUAUGGCAACGAGGAAAACAUCAUCAAAAUGUUUAACAUGGCAACAUGCAGAAGAACAUUCACAACGUGAUCCACUAGCUGUAGUUGAGAUGUUUAUUGUUGAAAAACAAUUUGAUAUGGGACACAAAUGGCUAACUUUAUUGAAUAAUUAUGUGGAUGAAAAUGUAAUUAAUUGUGUACGAUUGAAAUUAGUUGAAGAACAUAUUAAUUGGUUAUUAAAAGAAGAAAAUAUUGGAAAUGGAAAUAAGAUUUUACAAAUUAUCGAUACAAUUGAAAAGCCGAAUGAUAAAUGGCGUUUAUGUACGGAAUUAAUUGAAGAUCUAUCGAAAAAAGCAUUAGUUACACAUACGAAAUCAAUACCUUUUUCAAGAUUAUUUAUUAAAUUUCGUCUUAUACAAUAUAUGUUAGGACAUUUUGAAGAAAAUUCAAUACUGUUUCGAGACGAUUAUGAUAGAUCAAAAUUAUGUAUUUUAGUUACUGGUUUAGCGUUAUUUUUUAAUUGCAUACCAUUAGAACAAACAGAUUCAUAUGUACAAUUAGUUGGACAACCAUUGUUAAUUUUCGAACAAUUGUUAAUGAAUAGUUCAAUUGAUAUUGCAAAAUUAAGCAUUGAAACAUUAAAAGUUUUAAUUAAAAAAUAUUCCCUAGAUAAUAUUAUAAAUAUCAAACAAAUCGAUCAAAUUAUUGAAUUUUAUACAAAAAAAAGUGUACGAUUAAAUGUGGUACAAUUAAAUGAAGAACAAACACCUACUGAAAAUAAAUCUGGCCUUGCAUCGUCUCCUGCUUCGCAAAUUGAAACUCGUCGUUCAUCACUAAUCUCACCUUCUCAAGCAAGUCAAAAUAGAAAUACCCAUGAACCGUCGCCAUUAGGUCGUCGAAAUAAUAGUAGUGGUUCAAAUAAUUUAUUGAAUAGCCUACGUCAGCGUAUGUCAUCUAAAUCUGUUUUAACAUCUUCAAACGUAACAGAUGCUGAUCAAAAUGUAUCAACGACAUCUUAUCACAAUAGUCCAGUAAUGUCCAGUUCAAUUCCAAUAAAAGCUCAACAACAACAAGCAACGUCAUCAUCAUUCUUUGAUUAUCUAUCAUCAUCACUUUCUAAUCGAUCGAACACCAAUGAACAAACACCAAAAACAGCAACACAACCCAUGCAAUCAAAUGAAUUCAUACUUCCAGCAGCAAUACCAGCAAGACAAUUGUGGAUAUCCGACGGCGAAGUGGCUAUUUGUAUGUGUUGUAAUGAAGCUCAAUUUUCAAUGUUUAAUCGUCGUCAUCAUUGUCGUCGUUGUGGUCGUGUUGUAUGUAAAGCAUGUUCACAGCAAAUGACAAUAAUUAAAAGUCGUCUGGAACGUACAUGUAAAGAUUGUUAUCAACAUAUGCAAAAUAAUCCAACACCAGCAAUAAAUACUCGUCAGGAAACCAGCGCUUCAACAAAAAAAUUUGAAAAUCUCCGACACCUUGCAAGACCAAUCAGUAUCUAUAAACGACAAUCUAUCAGUCAAGUUUAUUUAAGUAAUAAUCGACAAUCCGAAUUAGCUGCCAAUCAACUUCUAUUAGGUACAUCACUUAGUAACACUCCAACUGCUGCUGAAGACCAAACUUUUAUACUCAGUUCAAGUUUUACGAAUACAAGUCCAUUUUUAAAAACAAAUAAAUUAAAUCGUCGAACAUCUGUUGACUCCAUUCAAAAACAAGACAUCAAUGAUAUUCCAAUACUACCUGUUAUUAAUGAUCAAGUUCAUCAUCAACUAACAGGAACAACAACAACUGAUGAGAUUCUACGUAAUGAUUUUCACUAUGAUCAAUCGCCAAGUAUAUCUUUAUGCUUAUCACUAAUUGAAUUGCAUUCCGAUCAAUAUCAAUGUGGUAAACUAUUAAUAAAACUAUGUGAAUAUCUAUCUGAACAAUUAUCAACGAAGCAACGUAACAAUGAAAUCGAUUAUGGUCUAGUAUUAAAUAUAAUAAAAAAUCUAUUGUUUACGGCGAAAAUGAAAUUAAUGACAGGUAUUAUAAAUGAUGAGCAAUUAGGAGAACAACAAAAAUUAAUCAGUUCAUGUGAUAUAUAUAAUAAUCUUGUUGAUAUUUUGAAUCGUUUGAAUAUGGCUAAUUGUUCACUACCAGCUUUAAAUGAUCUUUUACAACAAGAUACGUUGAGAAAAGUUCGAAAUAAAUUAUUGGACGAUGAACGAUAUCAAUUGGCGAUGGAUAUUUCAACACGGUGUAAUUUAGAUACACAUACGAUUUGGUUUCAGUGGGGAAUGACUUAUCUUCGCAUUGGUCAUUAUGAAGAUGCGCGUGAUAAAUUUGAUAAAUGUCUACAAAAAAAUAUUGAAACAACUGAUUUACUGCCAAAACAACAACAACGCAGUAGUUUAAGUCAAGAAAAAAUUCUCAACGAUAUCAUAUCAUAUCUUGAAUCAUCACAUUCAUUGAAAUACUCUAUGAAAUGUCAAUAUCUAACUGAACAACAAACUCGACAAGCCGGUCAAACACGUACUAGUUUAAAAUAUCUUAAUAGUCUUUCGACAAUGCCACGUGUAUCGAGUCAACCAAAUAAAGUGAUUCAAGAUGAAAUCUUGUUCUAUUUAACAACUUAUAGUGACGAUGCUCAUUUACUAGAUUAUUAUAUUCGUCAUGAAUUAUAUACUCAAGCAUUUGAAUAUAAAUGUUCAUUAGCAGUAUUUCGUGAUCAUAUUUAUAUUCCAUUAUUAAAACGUAAUCACAUAAAGCAUUUAUUCAAUUAUGUAUCCUUCACGAAUAAUUAUAAUUCAUUUGCACAUCAUUUAAAAUUUAUUUGUACAUAUUUAAAAGAACAAGAAAUGCAUCAUUCGCUACAACAAUUACAAUUAUUUAUGAAUGAUUUCACUAAUGCAGCAUUUACAUCGAUUCAAUUGUUUACUUUAAACCGAACAACUUAUGUUGAUUUAUACGAAAAGCGCUUAAGUCAUUUAAGAAAUGCUUUAGACUGUUUUCAACAAGUAAAAGCUGAUACAGACCAAGCAAUGAUGAAAAUUCACAGUACUACGGGUAAAAUUGAUCUUCAAUUGGAACUAACUCGAUAUAUUUUUGCACAAUUAAAACGACUUAAUAACAAUGGUUCAAAUAUCUUAGUUAAUUGCCCAACCUUAUUUGAUGGAAAAGAAUCAGUUAUAAAACUUAUCACAGCUUUAAUCACAAUAUCCGAUACAAUAGCAAAUGCAUUGAAUUUCAUAAAUAAAAUAAUUAAUGCAAUGAAUUUUACGCCAACGGAAGUAUUUGUACCGUGUGCUGAACAAAUUGGUAAACGUCGUGAUUAUCGUUCUCUUCAACAACUACUUCAAUUGAUUCGUGAAAAUGGUUAUACUGAUAAUAAAUUACAUGAUGAUAUUAUUGAAAGUUGUGUUCGACAAUCGGGUUCUGAUGUUGAACAAAGUCGAGAACAAGAUACAUUAAUUCAAAUGAUUAAAAAUGAUGAUACUCGUAUUAAUGUUUACAUGGCUGUUGGUAAAUUACGUGCUGCUUAUUUAAUUGCUAUUCGUCUUGGAAGAGAAGAUAAAGUUCGUUCGAUUCGCGACGAUGCACAAAAGAGUGGUCAAACAGCUGUUUAUGAUAUAUGUAAAAAAUGGUUAGAAAACCGAGCGAGUGAACAGUGA